CUGAGUGGAGGCUGCUCCGUGUUUAGUUUUACUGUUUUGAGAAGUUAUUUAGCCGUGUUUACUGGAGCGACUGCAGGCGGAUACGUCGGCCGCAUCAGUACAUCCCACACGCCGUGCACUGUCGAGAGAAGAGUUUGAGUUCCAGGCUAGGAGUGAGUACUAGCGUCAAGAUGUGUUAGCGCUUGCAGUGCAGUCGGGAAGCUGACCUAUUAAUGCUGGCGUGUUUUUGAAUCAGAUUCCUGUGGGGGCGUGUUAAAGAGAUUGUUUCACUACGCUGCAGCCUGCAGUGCAAAUGCUUGCGGGUAGCUGGGACUCAGCGAGCGAGUGUAUUGUGACUGCGAGUAGUGCCCGGAUCUAGGCCAGUGCAGCGCUGCUGUGAUUUGCGCUGCGUGUAUUCAGCCGGCGGCAACAUAGUGACGCGAGUGCCAGCUGCGACACCGCUGCAUGUGUCAGCACGUGCCACAGAAUAGGGCUCAAGUGUGUUGCUUUGUGAAAUAAUCCUAUACCAUAGCUAUUGACCAAGUUACAGGAUUAUUAGUAAGAGAUGACGUCAUAAAAAAAUUUCCUCGUGUGACAUCACCGAAUUUCCCCACCUGUAUAUGAGAUUACAAUUUUGACGGAAUUUGCUUGUUUAAAUAUGGUUUACACUGCAGAAAAGCACACAGAUAAACCGUGUAUCGAUAUGGUAAACUUCAUUACGAUUCCUACAGUUUGUAAUGAAGUGUUUUCGGUACCCAUUUAUUCUUAUUUAGGAAAUUUCAUUGCAUCUUCCCUAUUGCAACAGUUUCGUAAACCCUUAAUGCCAGUAUUACCAACUCACCCGGGUUGAGUGGGAGGGCGGCAUUAGGACCUGACGUGCCCCCUUCCCCCCCCCCCCCCCCCAACUGUUUAUAAAGCUUUUAUGACGAUGCAAUUUAUGGUUCAUUAGAUUGGAAAAUGUUGAAACUAGUGGGCCAUUAGAAAAUAAAUAAAACAACUUUUUGGAAUUAAAAAAAAUUGCUUUUAAUGGAUAACUAAAAUAAGCAACACAUAGAAAAAAAUCAUUUGAAUAUAUUUACUGGAAUAUUUAAAAAAACUAAUUGUUCCAUAUUUUGUAUCCAGUUAUAUUUUAACAUAAAACAUUGAAAUAAAGGAAUUGGAUAGGUUUGUGAUGCAAAGCUAUAUAAUUACAAAAAAAUUAUUGGAUCUUGAAAAUAUGUGUACCUACAACUUCGAGAGGAACGUUCCCAAGAUCAAUUGUUCUGUGUAACAUAUGCAAUUGUAUUUUUAAGUAAAAUGUUGAACUUAUGUAAUUAAUUGAAUGUGUAUGUGAAUUGAAACUAACAUAUCCAAAAUAUAUUUGAUUUUGAAAACAUGAAUUAUAAAACUUUGAUAUGAACUGGAUGCACAAUAGGGAACAGAGUCAGUGGGGAGUGUAGAACAGGAGUUGGAGCCAUGAAGGGCCGAUGGCUCGACCGCCCUGUUGAGACACUGUGAAGUGUGAGGCAUGUAGUGAGGGUGUUGCACUGUGUGGGGUGCAGUGAUCCGUGUGUCAGCACGCACGCCGGGUGCCUCAGCGACCAGACCCACAGAGGAGUCCACUUCAACUGCGAGGCGGGGCACACACCGACAAGAUGGUGCGCGGGAAGCCAGGCAACCCCAGUAUUGUGUUACGUCCGGAGGUCGUGAUGUUAUCAAUACGGCCAGAGGGCAGAGAUUCGUGAAACGCCAGGCUCGGUGAUAAGAUAAAGCCUUUUUUUCCGCUGCGGGGGAAGGCGGACGUUGAUCCUGCCACGCGUUCUCUCACUGGAGAUAUUUUAUACUUGCGUGGUGGGUUGGCAAGCAUGCUGAGCAGAAACAAGCGGACGAGAAGCCAGAGUACGCGAGACUGGGUCAGACAGUUGAAGCUUGUAGAUAAGUAGUCUUAUCUUAGAAUGAGCCCACGAGGUUAUCUUCAGAGGAAAGAGUAUUGACAGAGACACUAUGCAGAUUUAGAGCUUCAAAUUUUUGUUUAUUUCAGUAUCACAUUUAGUCUGCAAUUCUCGCAUAGAUUAUUGGAUGUCAGGUUUGUUACAGUUAUAAACAUAGACAACAUGAUUUUACUUGCUUUAAUUAAAAUUUAUAUUGACUUUUACUUUCCGAUGUGAGGUUAUUGCUGGCAACAUGUGCAGCUAACACAACACAGGUGAAUUGGAGGAGGAACAAUCCAGCAUUUGCCUGGCGUGUCUCGGGAAAGCAUGUGACCAUGUGACCGGGAUGUGCGGUCUCGCUGGGUUCUGGCUCCGGGACUGUCGUUCCUACAAACACUCCUCGGGGUGACACACGCAGUAGCAUGCAGGUUUUAUAUUAUUGGACCAUAAAAUCUGUUUUAAAUAUAAAUCUUUUUCUUCUAUUUUUUUUACGUGAUAACGUCUUAUAAAUCGAUGAAAGCCGGCUACACGCACGAAAAAGCAUGACUCAUUGUCACGUUCCACCUGAGCCAGCAUGCAAUAACCGGCCAACCACUUUGCGAGAAAAUCUUCUAUAAUAUCAAACAGGUUAAGGCAGGCUUUUUAAAAGCAGCAAUUAAAAAAAAAUUAUUUAUUUGUCCAAUUUCAUCAUUUUAAAUUAACAAUUUAUUGACAUUGAUUUGAUUUCAGUUUAUUUCCAUACCAACUAAUUGUUCGUGAUUAAAUUUUAACAAAUCAUUUAGUUUAAAUUUGCAAAAACUGUAAAUAAUAUUUGAAAAUUAAAAAGUAUGCAAUUUUUAAUCAAUGUUUUCUUAUGAAGUUAUCACGUAAAAUUAUCAUCCGUAAACUGACUUUACAGGCAUACCUUUUUUUUUUUUUUCUUUCUUUUCUUUCCAAAUUUGGAAUUGAUAAGCAUGUCUGGUUAGGACAAUGUAGCCAUACGUAGUUGAAGUGAAUUUUGGAGUCUUUAAGUGCUGCACACUUAGUUUACAAGUGUUGUAGAGAAAAGCAGCUUUUUAUUAGGCUUUUUUAAGAUGCAACUGAAUUAGCCGUUGCAUUUCAUAUGACAACAAGCUUACACUAUUUUUCUGUGGAGUUUGUGUAUGUUUGGAAUGUUAAGUCAACUGGAUAGCAAUAGGAUAGCAAAAAAAAUUGUAGCUGUAAAAGUCUUAUAUAGUAAAAGGUUGUUUAAUAUUUAAUAGCUUGCAAGGCUGGCAAUCAAGUAGUGAGAAUCGUUAAACAUGAAAACAACACAUAUUCAAAGACUUAGCGUUUAACAUCAUUGUAACCAAAUAUUGUUUUGUUAUGCAGAUUGACAAGGUUGACUUCAAAUAUUAACAUGACAGAGAUUGCACACACCAACUCCCUUACUUCAUACCUCUAUGGUUUAUAUUAGUCCAGAGACAAAAUUCUCCACAAAAAGAAUGUGUAAACGUUCUUGGUUGCCUUCAUAAUUGUAUUGGCUAUUUUUAGAUUGUCUCUGAUUAUUAGAUGCAUCUAAUUAUAACCAUUUUGAUGAUUGUAAUUCUAUAGACAGUUCCUAAAAAAAAACCUCAAAGAUAUAUUUUUGAUACAUUAAAUGAAUUUGCUUGAUUUUCUACAAAGGAACAUUUUUCAAAUCAGGCUGGAUGUAAGAAACUCAUUAGUGGUAAGACCGUGGAAAUGGUAGGUUAAAUUCAUUAAUGAAAAAAAAUGGAGAGUGCUUAAAAUUACAAUAAAGAAAACCUUCCGUGAAAUCAAGUUAAAAUGGAAUACAUUUUAGAAAAAUAAUCAAAAUUAAAAAAAGAACGAAGCGUCUAACAAGCAAUAAAAUGUUGCAGGUAGGUCGAUGUAAUCUAUUUAUGCUCUAGGACAUUGCGAUAACCAUGCAUGAUAUAAUUGAUUUCCACUUUAAAUCACUCUCAUUUUCAAAUUCCUUUUCCUUCUGAUGUAUAAUUGUGUAGAAAGUUUAAAUUGUACCAUUUUUCAGAUUGUGUGUCAAUAUUUACUUUUCCUUGUGACAUUCCGCAGUCUGCCUUACCUGCCUGAAGUCUGAGCAUGCAAAAUGUUUCCUAGCGUAUUUGCACUAUCUUUCACAGGCUCUCGGUAUGCUCAUUCAUAAGAGAGAUACCAACUAGCCUUAUUCGUACACAAUCUCUCUACCCAGUUAGUGCCUUUUGUCAUGUGUCACUCCCUCAGAUACUGCAGACUUCACAUUCAACAACCUUGCUAAUCUCUCGCUUAAGUAAAUUAAAUAAAUUGCACUGGGACGUACGUGGUCACGCCCGAGCCAAUUUGUUUGUUUAUUGCCCGGUGAUAACUCUGCUUUCAAUCCCAGCUUUGGGAAAAAUGCACAGCAUUGUAAAGAUUUUUACCAGCAGUUCUGUAUAAUAACUAUCAAUUUUCACAAUAUCUUCGGUGACUACUGAAAUUUCACUCAAAACAAAAUGUUCUGGAAAUUGUUCAAAACAUUUUUUAAUGAGUGUUGUCAGUUAUAAAAUUACUGUUAGCUGUUGAUAUAGUAGAAUUGCAAUAUCUAUGUCACUACCUUCAGAAACUCUCAAUUGAAAUGGAUUUACGUUUAUUUUAUAUCACAGUUUAAAUGUGGCUUGUAGGACAUUAUUACAUACUUCUCUAAUGAUUAGCAGUUUUGUAGCAGUUUAGUAAACAUCAGCCAACAAAUAACUGGUGUGAGAUUAAGUACUGUAGUAUAUAUUUUUUAUUUAGAGUCUGUAUGAAUGUUUAUUGGGCUUUCUUUUUGAGACAAGUGUGUGUGAGCUUGAUUAACAAUUGUAAUAUUUUUUUUCUGUUGUCAGCGAGAUAAGAUUCUUUGUGUGCUCUAGGAUUGACACUCGCACUUCGCUUGGCUGUGGGUUUGUGAUCGUGAUGAUUGCUUGUUGUGUCUGGAAUAUUUGGGCGAAACUAAAGGUGUAAUGUCACAUUGGUAGGUGAGGUGGACUCAGCACAGAUUGUGUUGGAGUGUUUGUGUGGGUGGACUCGGAGGUAGGUCGCUAAGCUAUUGGUCGGCACAUGGUGGAAAGUGAACAGUAUCAUUGGCACACAAGCCAAGUAUAAGAAUGCCGUGGGACUCGUGACUUCCGCAGACACAGACGAAUGCCUGACUGUUCACGGGAUCUGAUGGUCCAAGGCGCGGAGAUGCGGAGAGAGCUGGCGAGGCAGCGUGGCUCACUGACCAGCGACGAGCGUCCCCGGCGGCACUGAGGGCUGUCCCAUGCUACACCGAGCCCUCCGCGCCCCCUGCCCAGACAUGGAGUGCUUCAACGGCCGUGCGGACAGGAUGGUGUUCCUGUGCAAGUGUGCGCUGCGCGUCGCCCUCAUCAUCCUGAACAACGUGUACUGCAUCCCCACGUACGUGGUGUGGAUGGUGAUGAUCCUGCCCCUGAAGAGGUACCACCCGGAGCUGUACUGGAGGAUCGAGGGCCACUUCUUCCACUGGCUGCUGGCGAUGGUCAGCAUGUGGAGCUGGUCGGCCGGCUAUGACGUGGUGGAGGUGGGGGACGACAUCCGGUCGUGCCUGGAGCAGCGCACGCUGGUGAUCGCCAACCACCAGUCCACGGCGGACGUGCCCCUGCUCAUGGCGACCUUCAACACCAAGCGCAGCGUGCUGCCCAACAUCAUGUGGAUCAUGGACCGCCUCUUCAAGUACACCAACUUCGGCAUCGUGUCGGUUCUGCACCGGGACUUCUUCAUCGUCUCCGGCAAGGAGAAGCGCGCAGAGUCGCUGCAGGAGCUGGUGAGGCACAUCCGCGACUCGUACGUGCCGCUGUGUCGCCGCUGGAUGGUGCUGUUCCCGGAGGGAGGCUUCCUGCGCAAGCGUCGUCUCACCAGCCAGAAGUUCGCCCUGAAGAACAACCUGCCCGUGCUGCAGCACGUGUCUCUGCCGCGCGUGGGCGCGCUCCAGACCAUCCUGGACGAGCUGGGGACUCCCCAGGCACGCAACAACAACGUGGGCGGCCUGGACGUGCACGCUCACGAGCUGAGCUGGGUGCUGGACAUCACCAUCGCGUACCCCGAGGGCAAGCCCUUGGACCUGGGCCACAUCGUGACCGGCUCGCGCAAGCCCUGCAAGACCUUCCUGUUCUACAGGCUGUACCCCUGUGCCACCGUGCCCCGCGAGCACGAGGCCAUGACCAAGUGGCUGUACGACCGCUUCGUGGAGAAGGAGCGCUUCCUCGACUUGUUCUACCGCACGGGUCAGCUGCCCGUCGACAAGUUCUGCACGGCGCCCGUGCCGCCCCAGGAGGUGUCCCAGGACGCGCUGCGCUUCGCCAUCCUGCACCUUUUCUUCAUCACCUCCACCUACCUGCACUACCAGAUGCUCUGCUACGCCGCCUCCUACCUCUGGCCCGUGCUGUGAGCCCCGCUCGCCGUCGCUCCGCUCUAGCUUUCACCUCUCGGCUAGUCAUCGCAUUUAUCGACUGCACGUCUUGUUACUGAUUUCACGUUUUUUUGUACGAUUGGUGUUUUGUGCGAGUUGCAACGUUUCUGUGCGAGUCACUCGAGGUUACGUGGAUCUUGCCGCUGACGUGAUGUAGAAGUAGUCACAGUAGACGACAGGGAGCGCUCUGGUGCAAUACGCAGAGACGCGGUGCCAUUGUGUUCUUGCCGACAGCUUCUGUUCGGCGAAGUGUUGCGUACGCUGUUGGUGGCAGAGGUGUCCGUCAGUCUUAUUAUCGGUGUGAUCGGUGCGUUGUGAUGGAACUGUUUUUUAAAACAUUUUCCUGUUUAGCUUCUUACCUGCUGCAUUAUUAUGUGAAGGCAGAAUAGUUUUAAGUAUGACAAAGUCUUUAAUUAUGUUCGACGAAGAUGUGGUCAGGUGUACCACUUUCAAAGACAUUGCCAUAUUGUGUGUCACAAAAAUGUUUUUAAGUUCUAUGAGCAUCGUUAAUGUGUGGAGUGUGCAGUGUGGAUUAUUUUAAUGACAUGAAGGUAUGUGUUACAUGAAAUUUGAUUAGGGAAAGAGCUGCAAUUUUUGUUGAGACAGCAGAGUAAAGAAUGGAGUGCAAGACGGGUUGGAGUGUUCCAGAGUGGCGAGUAUCGGUUGUACUUCCAACUGCGCAUGGUGGAGCAACUGGUAAUGUGUGAGCAGCCAGACUCGUCCUCCUUCAUGACACUACAGGAGAAGGUUAGCAGUGAGCGACGCACACAUGUGCAAUGACAUACCAACCUGCGUUGCUUCAAGAAGCUCACAGGGUUUCAAAGGCCUUUCUUCUGUUGAGCUGCGAAACUGUUGCUGAGGAGCCACUUCGGAGCUGUGGAGGCUGCAUGGGCCGUCGGAAGGAUGCUAGCGGCGUGAAUAAUUAUUUAAUGUUUAUUGUAGUGCGUAGGUAGUUGAGUGCCUCAUGGUGGUAGCUGUUGACCUGCUCUAGCGACGCCACAGCUCUGUGGUGCGUGCUGUCGUGUCCAGCGUGAAGCACUGGGGUCGCCUUCCUUUCUUGAAUCAACUGUCCUGUGUGUACUACACUCUAAUAAACUGUUAGACAUCA